UUCCUGCGCAGCUCGGAGGCUCCUGCUGCGCAUGAAGGACUAAAAAGAGGGGGGGAUGGAUGACCUCCCAGUCAUCUGAUCAGACUCAUCGCGGAGGGACAGUCCGGGGACAGAAAGACCUAUAGCUGAWCAAGAUGAUGUCAUUAAUAGACCUGGACGAUGAUCAGAGGUGGGUGCCCACGCACGUCAAUGUCACGGUCCUCCGCGCGAGGGGACUGCGCACCAAGGGCAAGCACGGCAGCCGCUACCUCUACACCAUCAUCCAGGUGGGGAAGGAGAAAUACACCACGGGGCUGGUGGAGAAGGCGGACGUGCCCGUGUGGAACGAGGAGUGCUGCUUCGAGCUGCUGCCCGGGAUCCUGGAGGUCGGCGGGCGGAGCGCGUACCCCCCGGGGAGCGGGGACCUGGUCCUCACCGUCAUGCACCGCGUGCUCAUCGGACUGGACGUGUUUCUGGGUCAAACCAUCGUCCCCCUGGACAGGAUAUUUCAGGAGGGAGCGUGUCCAAGAGAGGAAUGGUUCAAGCUCAACUCCAAGGUGGGRAGAAAAGAGAAGGAGCGAGGCGAGCUCCAGGUGACGGUCCAGUUCACCCGGAACAACAUGACGGCCAGCAUGUUCGACCUCACCAUGAAGGACAAGCCUCGCUCCGCGUUCGGGAAGCUCAAGGAUCGCGUCACGGGGAGGAAGAGGGGGGACGUGGAGUCCUCCUCGGCCAUCGUGCCGGGCCGCUACGCCGCCUUGUCGGGGUCCGUGGGGCAGCCGUUCGGAGAGGAGGGACGGGGUGCGGUGGAGUCUCCGGGCGUGGAGACACCCGAAAAGAAGAGCAAGAUGAAAGACUUCUUCAAAGGGAGGCUGCAGAAGUCGUCCGACACCAAGUCGUGCUCGUCGCUGGCGUCGGAGAGCAGCGUGUCUUCCAUGGCCAGCGAUAACCUCGGCUCUCCGCCCAGUCUGGACCUGCUGUCAGAYCCCCCCAGCUCCCCCGUCUACACUAGCAAAGUGAGAGUGGACCCCCAUUAUGGAGAAACAGAUUUAGCUAAAAAAGUGCUCACCAGCCAGCACACCACAAAGAUUCUCACUCACAAGCGAGCCUUCAGUGACGAAGCCAGUAAGAUCACAACGGCCUUCCCUAAAACAAAUGCUGCAGUGGAGUCUCUCAAGGGUCGGACCAUGACUCAGUCCAAGUCCUCCCUGUGUAUAAAUGGAAGCCAUGUCUACGAUUCAGAGCCGUCGACUCCAAAGAGCUCUGGAGCGCUCCCGUCCAAACUGGUCCUCCUGGAGAAGUGCUCGCCGCUGUCUCGCUCUCUGCAGAACCUCACCAAAAGAAGUGAAGACAAAAGUUCUUUCGAGGGUCGACGCUGGUCCUUUGACAAGCUGAAGAAAGAUGAAAAGGAGGAAGAGAAGGAAGCUCAGGCAUCAUCCAGUCCAGCUCAGGACGCUCAGACCGGGGACCGUUCCGUGCAGGCAGCGGCGCCGAUUGUCUCGUCAGCUGGGAGUUCACCCGACAAAGGAAGGAAAUUGAGAAAGACGUUGUUCUCUGCAGGUAGAAGUGAUUCUCUUCCAGCUAAGUCUGACCUUAACCAGGCUGGCUCCACGUCUGAGGGGAAGUUCAGAGGCUGGUUUGGUUCUGGUGACUCCCAGAACAAGCCCAGGCUGGAAGUUUCUCCUAAGGUAGAAAGCAGCUCAGACGUACUCCCUUUCUUCCCUCCUUGCUCCCCUGUGCCUCCUCAGGGCUCCUAUCCCUCUGCUUCCCCUCCUAGUCAGGUCUCAUCUGAAGACCACGGUCACAUYGGUCUCUUCACCCCUUCCUCUUCCCCCUCUUCAACUCCCCUCUCCCCUUCAAAUCCCUUCCUCCCAUGCAUUCAGCGCAACCCCUUUUUUGAGGAGCUCGUWGCAGAAGAGUCGGAGACAUUGUCUUCUGUGGCACCGUGCUCCUCUUCUGGCUCACCCAUUUUGCUUUACACUGCUCUGCCCGCUCAGCUCUGCACACCUGAUAUCAAUGCUAACGCCACGGGUAUGGUUUCCAUUAAGCGGGAGCGCCCCAGGCCAGUAGCUAAGCAGAUAUCACUCCCUGCGUUAUCACCCAAAGCAGCCAAGCCCGACUUCCCUAAUCACUCGGCUCCUUGCUCCGCAUUUGGGACUGCAGAAAACUGGGAUGACUCGUUCGAUGCGUUUGCCUCAAGCAGACUCAACUCCCCUAAAGGUAGACUCCUACCAGAACAGCCGAGAACCAGCCCGACUUUGUGUUGCAAACGUAGCCGGCCUCCACUCGAUGACAUUGUCUGUAACUAUGCACGAGAGACGCAAACCUGCAAAGACGAGCCUCCACCUUUGCCUCCGAGGAGACUUGUACGGACUCCGGUGAAUGAGAUUUUCUCYGAUGGGUGGCUGCAUAGAGGCCAGGAGCUGGCGGUUCACAAGGAAGCCUACCUCCUCUCUCAGACCGGCGUGGCCUCGUUACAGCGCGGCAGAGAGAGCGAAGGCAAAAGGAGCGGUGUUUCCCCGGACCCUCACACGAGCAGCGAGUCGUCGGACUCCCUCAGCGCCCACGGCCAGUCGCACCCRAACAACAAAUCUCUUGGAUUCACAUCUGAAGAGAAGCUCAAAAAAUUCAAGUAUGAACCUCUGGAAGACGAAACCAGCUGCUGGGGAGGGAUGUUGUUUGAGCAAGACUUAUACGGGCGUGUGUGCAGAAGGGUUAGGACUUAUGGACAACAACGAGUUAAUACUCAUCAUUUAUCACUAAACGCUGAAGAAAUUGUUGGCAAUAGGACCUUGUUCAAGAAUGUUGGAUCUAAAGAAAUCUUUGAUGGUGACAAAUCUGUUAGCGACUUCUUCAGUGUGUCACCCCUCUCUCCCUCCAAUGUCCCAGACAUUUCGUACACUCCAGCAGAGGAGGACACAAACUCGUGUGAAAAUUCAUGCCUUAACAACAACAUAUCUUUCUCACUAACCCUGGGAGAUCUGAACAUGAAUGUAAACAACUCGGACUUCAGUUUUAUUGAUUCCGACGGAUCCUCUCAAUCAGAGGUAGUCAACGUCAUCCAAAGCGUUGAUGAUUCGAAUCGGAGUUUUCCAACAGAUGAUCCCCAGGCAGUCAUUUACCACAAGGAAGCCAAACCUGAGGACGUGUUCACUUUGAAGGACACCUACAUACCUGCAAUGAACUCCUCUUUUGAAGUAACUGUGUCUUCUAAAAAGCUGUGCAAAGUGCCUCCAGUUUGCAAAGACAACUGCCAAGACUGCCAGUGUGAACUUGACAACAUGGCACCGCUUGUUUACGGCAAGGACGAUACCAAAAAUAACCCAGCAUCGAAUUCGUUUGACGUUAAAACCGAAUGUAGAGAAGAACACGUACAAAGAAAUGAUGGGGAUUAUAAUGGGAACUUGGACGAUAAGUUAGUCAAACGUCACCAGUCUGGGUCGUUUUCAGGAGUGGUUAGUGCACGAAUAAGACCGAAAGGACUGUCCCGACAGAACAGCAGCGACAGCACCAACAGCCAAAGCAGAAACACAGACAGAGAUUUUGAACAGUUUUUAUCUCUCGUUCAAAACCUUUCGGAGGCCAGCGAAGGUCCAUCGUCUUAUCAGCCCACUAAAUCCGUCCUGUCUUCCUUACAAGCAUUAGAACAGACUGAUAUGCUUAAAGUUAGCCCCAUUAAUGAUAGCACGUAUCAAAUCAUGUCUAAAACACAAUCGCAGAUAUGUUUAAAGGACCACACAACACACGUAGAGGGAAAACCCUCUCAGAUGAGUUUUGAAGAUCUCCAUGCCAAAGUUGCGCCAAGCUGCAGAAGCCCUUGCAAAGCAAAGAUUGAGGAAUCUUUGCAAGAGCCUGAACUCUGUUGUCCCUCCACCCGCUCCGCACUCUCCCUGUCAGCUCAUGCCCCUGCCUGUUGCCCCCACAUGUACACCUCAGCCACGGGGCUCGGCGGUGGAGCCGGCAGCUCUGUGGCUGUGGCCCUCUGCCCCCCCUCCUCCUCCUCCACCACCACCUUCAGCACUGACCAGCCGCUGGUCGAUGCACGGCACUCACUUUUACCUGAGGAGACACAGCCUGCUAGCAGCCUGCCCCGUCAGGAGAGCAGAUCUCAUCCGGUGAAACCUUUAACAUCCAGCCAGGCUGAGAAGAAGGAGGGUCGUUCGGUUCUGGAGAAGCUGAAAUGCACCAUAAACCCCGGACGUUCCGCCCAUCAGAUCCCACCUGAACCUGAGAAGAGUCAGGAGGCGAGUGCCGACCGAGCCGCUCAGUACCAGCACCUCACCAACAUGGAGCUGAUCUCCCUGCUGCUGCAGCAGGAGAUGGACAUGCAGAAGCAGCAGGCGGCCUCUGAGCAGCAGGAGGUGCAGCUGGACAAGUGCGAGGCCGAGCUGAAAAAGGUCAAGCUGCAGGUUCGAGACCUGGAGGACUACAUCGACAACCUGCUGCUGCGGAUCAUGGAGCAGACGCCGACUCUGCUUCAAGUUCGCUCCAGACACAAGUGACGCCACGCGAUGCUUGCCUUCCAGCGUACUGUCUGUGGCUGGGAGUUAUUACAUUACACAGCCCGACACGGCUAAAAACCAUGUUCUGAUCUUACAAUCAUCCAGGUCUUCUCACUUCAAAUACUGCCCUGAUGAUGGAGGCACAGUUUUACCCAUCAUGCAUGCUACAAUCUCAGUUUGGCACAAAAUUUAAAAUAAUGCUUUAAGGAAAAAAAUAAUUAAAUCAUUUCCCACAUGCUCACAGUAGAAUAAGUAGUGACCUAUAUCCAGUUCAACUAAAAGAAAAAAACAGCUUUUGCAUGUGCUUCAAAUAAAAACAGACUGGUAAUAAAAUUAUUCUGGAAGUGCAUCAAAUGAGCUCAUUUCGAAAUAAAACUGCUCCAAGGACCUUUGAAAAAUAAUAUUUGCAGUAAAAAUCUGAUUUUGACUAUUUUUUAAUGUUUUAUCUGUUAGAGUUAAAGUCAGUAAACGUUAAAUCACUUGUUAAUUUGAGUUUUCAAAUAAAAUCUUAAAAUAGGUACAAAAAAGUUACAUUAUGCAAAACACUGCUUUGCAAAGUCACAUCUGUAGAAAGAAGCUUCAGACCACUAAAAACUGCAGAGGACAAAGCCUUAUUUCCAGCAAUUUCUUUAUUUUUAAACAAUUUUUUAUCUUUAGAAAAUAAUAAAAAAGUAAUAUAUGCUUUUCAUUGAAUGUUUUUUUGACUAAAAAGAUGAAACAGUUUAAGUUUUUGUUCGUCUAUACAAAUAGUGAUAUUUUAUUGUAGGAGUUGGUGUAGCAUAAGUURUUACUUUCAGUACUUUUUUCACUUCAAUAUAUUCUAAUGCAACUCACUGUAGCCACCUGCAAUGCUUUAUAAGACCACAGAACUGUAAUAAGAAUUUCAAUAAAGUGCACAUGAACAGGAGUUUGCACAGUCUUUGUGUUAGUAAUGUUUUUAAAAUAAAUUCUGAACUGUGAAAAGCC